AUGAAGCAAAGAAUCACCGGUCUAGACCUCCAGAUCAUCACCCGUGAAUUGGUAGCUUCUAUAGCAAACUACAGAUUACAGAAUAUUUACAACCUUGCAGGCUCAAAUAGACAGUAUGUGUUGAAGUUCUCUGUUCCAGACUCUAAGAAGAUCGUAGUUUUAGACUGCGGAAAUCGUGUUCAUUUAACCGAUUUUGAUCGUCCUACCACGCCAGCUCCUUCCAAUUUUGUUAGCAAGUUGAGAAAGCACUUGAAGACAAGAAGAUUGUCAGGUAUCAAACAGGUUGGAAAUGACAGAGUGCUUGUAUUAGAGUUCAGCGAUGGAUUGUUCUACUUGGUGUUGGAAUUUUUCAGUGCUGGAAACGUUUUGCUCUUGGAUGACAACUUGAAGAUACUCUCGUUGCAGAGAAAUGUAAAAGAAAAAGGCGAAAACGACAAAUAUGCCGUAAACGAAAUCUACAAAAUGUUUGACAAGUCUCUUUUUAGUGAAGACUUCAAAUACGAGAAGCGUGAUUACAAUGUAGACGAAAUCAAAGCUUGGAUUAAAGAGCAGAGAAUCAAGGUAGAAAACCAACUGCAAGAGCCAUCUUCAGGUAAAAAGAGUAAAGUAUUUUCCAUUCACAAGUUGCUCUUUGUAAAUGUUAGUCAUUUAUCUAGUGAUUUGAUUUUAAAAAAUUUGCAGAAUGCUGGCAUAAGUGGCUCGUCUAGCUGUUUCGAGUUUGCAGAAGACAAUGAGAAACUAUCCACGAUUGUCGGUGCCUUGGAUAAGUCUGAACAGGAGUACAUUUCAUUUAUCUCUGCUGGGGACAACGAGCAAACUAAUGGAUUUAUUGUAUCCAAAAAGAAUCCUUUGUACAAUCCUUCUGAAGAGCAUAGUGACAAUGACCUCGAAUAUGUCUAUGACGAGUUUCAUCCCUUCAAGCCUUUCAAGAAGAAUUUAGAAGGAUAUAAGUUCACUGAAAUAGAAGGUUACAAUAAGACUUUGGAUACAUUCUUUUCUGCUCUUGAAUCUACCAAAUUUGCAUUAAAGAUCGAACAACAGAAGCAGAAUGCCAAUAAAAGAUUGGAAAACGCUCGUAGUGAAAGAAACAAACAGAUACAGUCCUUGAUCCAACAGCAGGAGACAAACUCCAAGAAAGGGGAUACUAUCAUUUAUCAUGCUGAUUUAGUAGCAUCGUGUAUUUCAGCCAUACAGAAAAUGCUAGACAAGCAAAUGGAUUGGGGUAACAUAGAAGCCAUUGUCAAACAUGAGCAAAGUAGUGGCAACGAGAUUAUGUCUACAAUCAAGUUGCCUCUCAAUCUUAACGAGAACAAAAUUAACUUGGUAUUGCCAGAUCCGGAACAUAUUUCAUAUUCCGAAGAUGAUAAUUCUGACAAUUCUGAUAGCGAUUCUGAAUCGGAUUCGCAGUCGGAGUCGGAGUCUGAAUCUGAGUCCGAAUCAGAAUCAGAAAGCGAAAAUGAUUCAGAUAGCGAUUCCGAUUUGGAGAUGACUCGUAAGAAGGCAAAAUCUCCAAGAGAAUCUUCCAAAGAAAAAAAGAAGAAGGUUCCACAUACCCUUUCCGUUUGGAUUGAUUUGUCUUUGUCGCCUUAUGCCAAUGCAAGAUUGUAUUUCGAAAGCAAGAAGAGUGCUGAAAGCAAGAAAGAAAAGGUGGAGAAGAAUACUGAAAUGGCUCUUAAGAAUGCUGAAAGAAAGAUCAAACAAGAUUUGGCUCAUAACUUGAAAAAUGAACACGACACUUUGAAACAGUUGAGACCAAAGUAUUGGUUUGAGAAGUUCUACUGGUUUGUUUCUAGUGAAGGCUAUUUAUGUUUGGCAGGGAGAGACCCUUCUCAAACUGAUAUGAUUUACUACAGAUUCUUCAAUGACAAUGACUUCUUUGUGUCAGCUGAGAUGGAAGGCUCCUUGAAGGUGUUCGUCAAGAAUCCUUUCAAGGGUGAAAGUGUUCCUCCAUAUACUUUGAUGCAAGCCGGUAACUUCGCCAAGUCUACAUCCACUGCUUGGAGCGGAAAGGUGUCUACAUCUGCUUGGGUAUUACAUGGGUCUGAUGUGUCCAAGAAAGAUUUCGAUGGCUCAUUAUUAGCAGGUGGUGAGUUUAACUAUAAGUCAAAGAAAGAGUUCUUACCACCAACUCAAUUGACUAUGGGAUUUGGUCUCUACUUAUUGGGUGACGAAGAAACUGCUCAAAAGUAUACAAAACUCAGAGUUAAUAAAGAAGUGGAGCACGGUUUUAAGGUCGUAAUGGAUAACAAGAAGAAAGACUUGGAAGACUUGAUCAAGCAGUUGGAAACUUCUGAACUAGGAGAAGACAAUUUAGAAGGUGCAGCUGUAGAAAAUGAUGAAAAAACAGAAACAGCUAAAGAUAAUAAAAACGGUAGCCUGGAGCCAGAAGAGUCAAAUGAAAGUGACGACAUUGUUUCAAUUCAGUCUUCUGUAAGUGAAGCAGGCAAAAAUAAUUCUACCAGAGUGAGAGGGAAGAAAGCAAAAUUGAAGAAAAUGGCACAAAAAUAUGCGGAUCAAGAUGAAGAAGAAAGAAGAUUGAGAAUGACUGCAUUAGGAACUUUGCACCAAGUCGAGCAGCAGCAAAAGGAGAAAGAAAUCGAACUUCAGAAAGCUGCUGAAAAAGAAAAGGAAAAGUACCGAGAAUCGGCAGCUGUCCAAAGGCGCAAGAAAGAACAACAAAGAGAAUUGCAACGUUACUUGGAAGAUGAAAACGAAGACGAAGCUAGUGCAAUGAAUUAUCUUGAGAUCUUGGAUUCUUUCCUUGCUAAGCCACAACCAAACGAUAAAUUUUCCGCCAUUGUCCCCGUAUUUGGACCAUGGUCCGCAUUGCAGAAAUUAAAAUACAAAGUCAAGAUUCAACCCGGUUCAGGAAAGAAAGGGAAGUGUAUCAACGACUCGAUGCAUUACUUCACCACCCGUAAAGAGGAUAGCACUAGUACAGAUACCGAUUUGGACUGGCCAGCCGAAAGACAAUUGAUCAAUGAGAGCAAGCCCAACGACUUGUUGGGAGUCUUUACGGUCGGAAAAGUCAAGUUGGUACUUCCUGGUGGACAGGACAGUAACAAUAAGAUGAAGGCUUCCAAAAAGCCGGCCAAAAAAGGUGGGAAAAAGAAGUAG